AUGCUUCAGCUCAGCUUGGACGGCAAGAGGCUCUACACCACCAGCUCUUUUUAUACGCCUUGGGACAAGGAGUUUUAUCCCCAGAUGGUCAGGGAAGGCUCUGUCAUGCUGCAGAUCGAUGUGGACACCGAGAACGGCGGGUUGUGCGUGAACCCAGACUUCCUGGUGGAUUUCGGGAAGGAGCCGUGUGGGCCUGCUCGGGCGCAUGAGAUGCGCUUCCCGGGAGGAGACUGCACCUCAGACAUCUGGAUCUAG